GAGAGACUAGGGCAACUGGAUGGAGAAAUUUUUAAAAGAAGCGUAGACGAUAACAAUCACAAAUUAAUUCGUAAAAUGUAUUUGGAUUAUUUCCCGUGUGUGUCAUGCGCAGAGGAACCUAGCAACCAAUGUACACAAGUUUGCAGCAAAGACAGAAACACCAUUGAUACAUUCAUAUUGACUAACAAGUAACCAUGGGACAAGCACUACAACGUGCAGCCCAGUGGACCUCCGCCAAAGGGGGUUCAGGUGGGAAGCUGGAGUUUACCAAACUGAAUGAAGACCUGCUAAACACCAUCAUGAACUGGGUAGAAGGCUUUGGUAGUAAAUAUCCUGAAGAAACAAAACUUGUAUUUAAAACGCCUUUGUGCUGGUCAACAACACUGAGACCUGAUAAACUUACAGGAGGAUACACAGAAAAGGGAGAAGAAAUGGUAGCAACCCAGACAAGUGAAAAAGAUGGAACCCCUUUGUUGACCCUGAAAAAAGUCAGCACUAAUGAAUACACAGUGGCAGUUAUGUCCCUUGAAUAUUGUGAGAAUGUUCUACGAAUGGCAGGAGACCAGAAACUGAUGGAAGUACGCAGCUGUUUGGAAGCCAAUCGUGAUCCGGCAACAAACAUGCUUGGUGACAGAUUUGCUACUGUUGAAGGUGAUGAUAACUCUAUAUACAGGUUUAUUGAAGAGAUUACUAAGGAGAUAGAACAAGCAGCGAAACAGGAAGGUGGAGAGGGUCAUGCCGAUGUGGAGGAGAAGAAACUACAGCUUAAACUUCAGUUACAGAUCAACAGGCUUGACCAACAGUUGCUUCAACAAUCCAUUCAACAAAUCACAAGUGAGGUGAGAUUGACUCCCCCUUCAGUGGAUGGUGAAGUGAAUAUUUUGCAGCAGCUGUCAGGGUAUGAUGAAGAAAAGAACUGCCUGGAAUCUGUUGAAUAUUGGGGUGAUGGCUAUGUAUUCCAAAAUGGUUGCCGGGCGCAACCAUGGCGACAGUUGCAUGGUGAUAUUUGCUAUUUACAGAUCAAGCCACAUGACACGGCUUAUGUCUACGUUACUGCCAAUACCAGUGGAUAUUAUUGCAAUAGUGGUGUGGAUCCAAACAAAGUUGGAGAGCUAGACUACACGAAACAGGGAGAUUCAUACAGGGAACUUGUCACACUGUUGAAAGAAAAAAGCCCAAAGUUUUCUGAGAUGAUCGAGAAACAGGCAUUUGCUCUCAAGGUCAAAGAGAAAGAUGAAACAAUGAUGAUACAGAAGGAAGCUAAACCCGACCAGGAGGGUGAUGAUUACAACAGAGAGAGAUCACAAGAUCAUAAACUGGCCAGACAAUACUCUAAAGAUAAAGAUACUAAACAGAAAAGUAAAACACAGAAGAAAAAGAAACUGGAACCUUCAUUGAAAUGGAGGGCAUUGGGAAUGGAAGAAUAUAAGGAAGGGGAUAGAGAGAAGGAAAAAAAGGUGAUGAAGAAGAAGACAGUACCUGCUCGCAUGAAGAGUAAAACACCUAUUGAGGCUGAGGACAGUUUCAGUGAGAGUUCCUCCGAGAGCGAGGAAGAAGAGGAGGCUGUAGAGAGGCGAAGUGAAACAAACGCCGACCUUCCCUCGGAAUACUGGCAAAUACAGAAGCUUGUCAAAUACUUAAAGGGAGGUAACCAGACAGCCACAAUUAUUGCCCUUUGUUCAAUGAGAGAUUUUAACCUUGCUCAGGAGACAUGCCAGCUAGCUAUCAGGGAUGUAGGAGGGCUUGAAGUGCUCAUAAACUUACUCGAUACUGAAGAAAUCAAAUGCAAGAUUGGCUCACUAAAAAUUCUAAAAGAAAUUUCCCGCAAUAUACAAAUCCGCCGUGCCAUUGCUGAUCUUGGUGGUCUACAGACCAUGGUCAAGAUCCUGCGUGACCCAGACAAGGAUCUCAAAUGUUUGGCUGCUGAAACCAUCGCUAAUGUUGCCAAGUUCCGACGUGCACGUAGAACGGUGAGACAGCAUGGAGGAAUUAAGAAAUUGGUUGGUCUUCUUGACUGUGCCCCACUCACUGGUCACAUGACAGCAGAACUUGAGCGCGAUGUUCAGGUAGCACGUUGUGGCGCCCUCGCCUUGUGGAGCUGUAGCAAGAGCACAAAAAAUAAGGAAUCAAUGAGGAAAGCAGGGGCUAUUCCUUUACUGGCAAAGUUGCUGAAAUCUACACAUGAAGAUAUGCUGAUACCGGUGGUAGGAACUCUACAAGAAUGUGCAUCAGAGCCAAGCUAUAGACUAGCCAUUAGAACAGAGGGUAUGAUAGAAGACCUCGUGAAGAAUCUCAAAUCUGCUGACCCAGAAUUACAAAUGCACUGUGCUUCAGCUAUAUUCAAGUGUGCUGAGGAGAAAGAAACUCGAGAUUUGGUGAGACAGUAUGGUGGAUUAGAUCCUCUGGUAGCUUUGUUACAACAGAGUGAUAACAAGGAAUUGCUCGCGGCAGCAACCGGAGCCAUCUGGAAGUGCGCCAUCAGUACUGAAAACGUUCAGAGGUUCCAGGAUCUCAAGGCCAUAGACUUGUUGGUUGGAUUGUUAAAUAACCAGCCAGAAGAGGUGUUGGUUAAUGUUGUUGGUGCAUUAGGAGAGCUUGCAAAGGAAACACCAAACAGACAGUCUAUCAGGAAGGCUGGCGGUAUCUCACCAUUGGUUAAUCUGCUCACAGGAACCAAUCAAGCCCUUCUCGUAAAUGUUACAAAAGCUGUAGGGCAAUGUGCUGAGGAACAAGAAAACAUGGUUAUAAUAGAUAGAUUAGAUGGUGUGAGAUUAUUGUGGUCAUUGCUCAAGAACCAGAAUCCAGAUGUUCAAGCCAGUGCUGCAUGGGCGAUCUGUCCCUGCAUAGAAAAUGCAAAGGAUGCGGGAGAAAUGGUGCGAUCGUUUGUGGGAGGUUUAGAAUUAAUAGUCAGUCUGUUAAAGUCAGAACACAAAGAGGUGCUAGCCAGUGUUUGUGCUGCUAUAGCAAAUAUAGCGAAAGACGAGGAAAAUCUGGCUGUUAUAACAGAUCAUGGGGUUGUACCAAUGUUAGCUAAAUUAACAAAUACAUAUGCAAAAGAUCAGAAAAAGAUUUUAGAUCGAAAGACAAAUGAUAAACUAAGGCGCCAUCUAGCGGAAGCAAUAGCAAGAUGUUGUAAUUGGGGAAACAAUCGGGUAGCGUUCGGUCGUGAAGGUGCCGUCGCUCCACUAGUUCGGUACCUUAAGUCGUCCGAUGAAAGUGUACACCGCUCAACUGCCAGGGCUCUAUUCCAGUUGUCAAAACAUCCUGAGAACUGUAUUACUAUGCAUGAAUCAGGAGUUGUAAAGUUUUUAAUGGAGAUGGUUGGUUCCUCUGAUGAAGAUCUUCAAGAAGCUGCUGCUGGUUGCAUUGGAAACAUUAGAAGACUUGCAUUAGCCAAUGAGAAAGCUCGAUACUCAUAGUUGACCAAUCAGAGACCAUUUAACAUUUUUCAAAACCAUCCAAUCAGAAGAUACAAUACUAAAAUGCAAUAAAAAGGAUUUUGAAACAGUCUUGUUUUCAGACGAAAAAUAUAUUUAUUUGAAAUUAUAUUUAAGUGAAUAUGAAGAAAGUUGAAAAUUUUUAGAAUACAAAUUGAGUCCACUGAUAGAGAUUAAAAUGGUGUUAUUUUGUUGAUAAAAUGUGAUAUCUCAAGAGUUCAGUAUGUAAAUGACUGGUGUGUCAUGUCCUGUAAAGAUGAUCUCAACAUCAUGUGAUUUGUUUAGGUCAUUGAGAUCUGACUGUUAGAUAUAAAGUCACUGUAUUUACCUUUUUUUUAAUCCUAAAAAUCCAGAAAAACCUUGUCAGCAGAGAGCCUUGAGACAGUUUGUUUCUGUCUUAUAAACAAAAGCUUUUACAUGGGUGACAGAUUAAAUUAUAAGGGGACAUGGAAUUAUUAUGUCAUGAAGUCGCCCUGGACUGAUAUAAUGGCAUUGUCUAUAAAAACAUUAGUAUAAUUUUUUCCAAGUUACUCUGCCAAAUAUUUAGUGACGUAAAACUUACCCUUUUAAAAGAACCGCCUGAAUAAACAUUUUUUACGCAGUUCCAAUAAAUUUUUGAAAUUGUGGUAGUUGGUACAAGAUUUAUUCUAGCUUCAUUGUAUGCAACAAUUUAACACUAAUGUAAACCUUUAAAAAAAACCUAUUACACAGCAGACAAAGAUGAAUUGAAUAUUCUAAUGAUUUCUUUGAAACAUAUGUGCAAUGUCUGCUAUUUUUUAAUUAUCAGAAGUUUAUUUUCUUUGGCCCAUUUUACAAUAGUGUGCUACCAGUACUUCAGCUGUUUAAUGUAGUUUAUUUUUUCAAGCUUUUUUUUAAUUUAUUCAAAUAUUUAGUGUUUACCGUUUAGUUUUUCUGUCCAAGUUUCUGUGAUAAUAUUGUACAGGAUUGAUUGAUCUAGUUAGAAUGCUGUAUAUUUAUGGAGCACUUUUUACGUAAGCAUUAAAAAAUUGGAAAAGAUAUUUGUUAACGAAAAUAAAAAUAAAAGAAGAAAACCAA